AUGGAGCUUCCCAUACCAGCAGACGGGGCGGCGAUCCUGGCGUCUCCUAUUCCAACCCCACUUGCACAGCUUUCACCAUCUCUUGAUAACCUUAGGGAACGACAUAUCCGCGCAGUUGUCAUAUUACUGUGGCCAUAUUCCUCCUUUAGAAAGCAAUUUAGCUUGAUCCUCUCCGAGCCCGAUUUCAGACUUCGAGACAAGAAUGGUCAGGUUAAGAUUAGCUUUCGAGAUGCGAGCGCAGAGGCAGUUGCAAAAUCGGAAAUAGGUAUUGGAGAUACCGUGGUUUUGAGUCUUUAUGGUGCGAAAUGGCUAGAGGGCAAAGCGGAAAUUGGUACUCCGGGGAAAUGCAUAGAUUGGGAUGUUGCGUUUUCUAACCGCCUGCUACUCGAGAUAUACCGCGAUUCCAAGCUAUUUAAAACAGUCGAGGUUGAAGUUCCGCGGGACGAGAACCUUCACGUUGACGGAGAGUUACCAAAAACUCAGAAUCUCCCACCUUCAACGCUAAAACUAUUAACCGAUGGAGAGCCUGACAGACCAUCAGCCACAGGGAAUUGGUCUUCACCUGCAUUUUCUCAAUAUCUAAAGGCAUCCCUUGGCUCACUUUCCAAUUCAGCAUUCGACUCACUUGCAGAAGAAGAUGGGUAUAUCUGGGGCAAGGGGAGGAAGCGGACGAAGUUUGGCAGGCCGAGCAGUGAAUGGGUAUUCGUGGACACUUCACCUAGCCCACCACCGGCUACUACAGAUGCAUUGGAGGAUGAAGACUAUGGUUUGGAAGAGGAUCAGCAAGAUGUUACAAUGAAGGACUUUCCCUCCCAAACAGACACCAUUCACCUUUCCCAAGCGGCCGCUUUUCUGGAUGGUGAGGCUCAAGAUGGCAAAACUAUGCGGGAUUCGAAGCCACCUAAAUUAGCAGUGCAAACCGAAAGCGUGCACAACAUUCCUCCGCCCAAAGACUCAAGGAUUUCAGCCCCUUUCAAUCCUAUCUUUGAUAACUCCCAAUCGGACGGACUAUCCUCAACAUUCACCCACGCCUCAGACUGGGACGCUAGUCAAUCCCAGCAACCAACUGUCACUCCCUACAGUUCCUUUGCAGACUCGUUUGAACGACCACUAUUUAAUCACGAAGCCGUUUCAACUCCAUACCAACGCCCGAUUUUAUCACCUGACACUUCUAUUGUCUCUCCUCUUGAAACGACACCAGCAGGUCCAAAUAUCAGUCUACCAGCCUCUCGAAGCCCGUUGCCCAAUCACCUUUACUCAGAAAAUAUCACAGGUGCCGAGCUAGAUGUGCAAGCUCCAAUUGUUGAAUCAACUGUCUACAAGUUUGUCAAUGAAGAGGGGUAUAACGGUGAGCGUUUGCUACAUGAGUCCUGUGACCUGCACUAUAUGCCUGAACAGCGUACCAACAACGGUGAAAGACCGUUGUCUCCGACUAGCGCAGACCUUGACAAACAUAGACCUCCUAAUGUGUUCCGGGCUGAAGAAGAAUAUGAACAAGAGCAGUUGUAUGGAGAAACCUCACGGACCCAUCUUAUGGCCCCCCCUACUACUGAGGAGAAGAGAGAGGUAGAUGGAACGGAGGUGGAGCAUGUGGAGCUGCAUCCGCUUCUACAAACGUCACAAACUUUUCCCCAACACGUGUACGAGGCCAACCAGGAGAUGACUGACAUCGACGCUGACAGUCAAAAGGAGAACGACAUAAAUAGUGAAGGUGCACUGCAUGAAGUGCCCGCGAGAUCCUCUAUGGAGGAUAUGGGAGGGGCUCAGGAGGAAUUCUACGAGUGGACUGGAGGAAUACAGAACGAAGAUCUAGAAGAAGAAUUGGAGGAGUUGGAAGAAGAACUGGAAGAACGGUUGGAGGAAGAGGAAUAUGAAAAGGAACUGGAAGAGGACAUGGAACUGAACUCUGACGAUGACAUGGAACAUAUCGCCUCCGAAGUCUCGUCGCAAUACGACUCCGAAAGCCCAUCGGAUGAAAGCUCGGAAUUUGAAUCUGAGGAAGACGCUCUUCCACCGAGAGCCGUUUAUAUUUCUGCACUCCGUCCCCCACCCGAAAUAAUCGUUUUGGAUAGCGACGAGGAAGAUGAGGCUGGUUCUUACAGUCCUACGGCUCCACCGUAUGAGGAAAUUCUUGGCUCUGAUAUUUCACAAGCACCAGGCACCAGUGAAACGACAGUUUUGCAUCCUCAAACCGUUACCACUACUAGUUUUGAACCUCUAGUGAAAUUGAAUGGAACAUCCCAGCUUGAAAUGUCCGCUGAUGGGCCAGAAACCGGUGUUCAUGUUGAAGAGGAGUCAAACUUGCCGUUGCAAGCUGCCUCUUUUGCUGAUGUUGAGCCUACGUCGAGACUCAAUGAGCCUUUGCAACAAGUUAUGAUGGGCGAAAUGGCGGAAGCUGCGCUUCAUAUGGAAAAGGAGUCGAUGUCAGACGACAGAGCGGACGAAGACACCUCCCAUCCAAAAUCAGCAGACCUAGAUGCCUACCGUGAUGCAAGCCCAUCUUCUUCGGCAGAGUUGGUGUCUGGCAGUGAAAGGGAGUCAAGACACGAAUCACCUAAUCAAGUCACCGUUGAUCCUCAAUUAUACCGAUCUGGAGGACGGAAAAGUUCGGAAAUGGAGUCCGAGUCUCAAAAUUAUGUUGAGCCCGGGAUUUCGCGCGACGGUGCAGUUGAUGUAGAUAGCUGGCAUGAGCCAAAGAUUAUGGAGUCGACGGAUUCGAAAGGUCGACUUCUCACGGCCGUGGAAACUCAGAAAUAUGCAGAAAUCCAACCUUCGCCUCCACCAUCGGAAGCCAUCUUAACAGAUGAUGAUCUUGUCGCAUCCCAACUAUUCCGCGAUAUGGAAGAGCAAGAGCGAAGACAGAAUGGCCAGGCGCCCGACCGACUUCAUAUUUUCGGGGAUUCCACUAAGGGUGGAACUUUUGAGAUAUCUUUGCUCACUCCCCUUCCUACCAACAACGGAGAGACACCCAAUGAGGCUGUGGCAAUUCAAACUGCUUCUGCCGAGUCACCUACUAUUCUCCAGCCAAAUACCAAUGCCACCGGACUCCGCACCCGCCUUUCCUAUUUCUCACCACUGUCCACCCUCGCUGAUAACUUCAACAAUAUGACAGACACAAUAUCCGUAGUUAUCUCCAGUUCAAAAAUAGGCCAAUCCACUAAGGGCCCCCGUGAAUACUAUACAACAUUGCAUCUCACCGAUCCAUCUAUGGCCGGCAUGACUGUAUGCGCUCAAAUCUUUCGAAGAACCAAAUCUCCACUUCCCGCCGUAGCGAAAGGAGACGUAAUCCUGCUCCGCGAUUUCAAAGUUCAAACCAUAGAUCAUAACAUGAUGCUCCUAAGCAUGGCAGCUAGCUCGUGGGCUGUCUUUCCCGCAGGGAGUGAUACUGACGUGGAAAUGAAUGGGUUGCCUGUUGAGUAUGGCGCAGAGGAGAUACAAUUCGUCUCUAUUCUUCGCGAGUGGUUUCGGGUGGAGGGUGAGGAGCUGGCAGUGAAGCAUGAACACUUGACAACGGCACGUGGGAGCACUGACGCAGGUAGUUCUGUUUCCAGCGUGGGGAGCGGUAGCCCCAGAGGAGGUAGGGGCAGCAUAUUCAAGAAAUUUGCUCGUCAGAAGAAACCCAGGCACUGUCGGGUUACCAUCCAUGAAUUACGAGACGGUACGCGCUAUCCAGAGGUUGGUUCGCCGGCUGAUGAGGUUAUUCAUGAGUUGAGGGAUGGGACUGUUUAUUCUAAUUUGUAA